GGCGACACAUCUCCAUCCGCCCGCGAGGACACGAUAAACUUCCCUGAUCAACGACGGACGUUCCUUCCGGCUCCGGUCCCAUCUCAAGUGGAAAGGUAAAGCCAAACCCGGCGAAGUAAUCUAAAUAUAUCUUUGACAUCUUAUGUUCGAUUAAAUCCCAAUUUAUUAAAAACGACUUUCGUUAACAUCGCAGUAACUGACUGUUAUGUAUUUUAACCCUAAAGUGUUUCUAUUCGUGGAUAUUUUGGCCUGAAGUUGGAGAGUAACUCAAGCUCUGAUGUUCGUCAACGGCUGCCAUUUUUGUCCGUUUAAGCGGGCUAUUAUUGAUCAAACACGCACGUUCAAAUGUGCUGGAAUUAUUACGAAUGUGUUCAAGAGAGCUAAGGAAAUUGGUGUAAUCGGUUGUUAGUGUAAAAGCUCAUUUUAAGGAUGAAUUACACUCGUAGUAGCGUCGCUUGGUGGCUAACCAGUUAGCACGUUAUCGUAGAGGAAGCUGUGAGAAGGGUCAUGUGUGAGCUGAAGAGGAUGGUGACCCUCAUAUUUAAGCUGUAGAAGAUGGUGACCCUCAUAUUUAAGCUGUAGAGGAUAGUGACCGUCAUGUAGAGGAUGGUGACCGUCAUGUUUUAACUGAUUUCCUGUCUCCAAACACAGAUGCUGAUGCCCAAGAAGAAUCGCAUUGCUAUCUAUGAGCUCCUGUUCAAGGAGGGAGUCAUGGUGGCCAAGAAAGAUGUCCACCUGGCCAAGCAUCCCGAGCUUGCUGACAAGAAUGUGCCCAACCUUCAUGUGAUGAAAGCCAUGCAGGUGAGCGGUCCGGGUUCUCAGGUUUAAAGCCUGUUUUUCUGUUACUCUGGGCAGAGCUGAGACACAGAUCUGAUCCGUGGAUCUGCUGUCUUUAAAGCAGGAGAACUUCACUGUGGUGAGCACUAACCUCAGUUUCCUGCAGGUCAAUUUGGAUUUGUCUUCAAGACUGAGAUGUAUUUAUGUCCUGUUGUUAUCAGAAGGCUCUCCUACAAUCAUUAGGCUAUGAUAAAUAUUUGAUUUUAAUUGGUUUAACCCUUAAAACACUGUUAUAUUUUUCUAUUUGUGGUCCACCUGUUGUCUUUUUUUUUAAUCUCUGAAUCAACUCGAUCCUUUCAAGCACAGCAAAUAUAUACACAUCUCUCUUUUCAGGACAACCUCAGCUGUCAGUUUAUGGGUUCAAAUAUUUUGUAAAAUAAAUGUCAGUAGAUCCAGAACCGUCAAAGUCAACCAAAAAAAACAAACGGAAACUGACCCCAACAGAAGUUUGCUCAAAAAACCCAUAAAUCUACAGUGACCAAACCUUUUCUCACCUGCACAUCAUUCUCUCAAGUCUUUGCUAUCAGGAGAAGAAAUAUUGGGAUUGGAACAAACACACAACAGAAACUAUUGACAUAUUUACACUCAUUCUUCCAGGCGUUUUUUCACUAUUUACAGUUGUUUCUGCCACUCCUGCUCAGAAUCUCUUCGUCGCUUGUUUCCGAACAUUGAGGACCACUAUUUCUGAUUUUGCAGACAAGCAGGGAACUUUCUUGUCUCUUAAGGGAACAAUAGAAGAAGAAUAUGAGACCAUGUAAUUGGUCAAAAGUUUGACAGAAAAAGACGUCAUCAAAAUAGCUCGUCAAACCAGGAAGACCUUUGCGGUGUUUAGUGAUAGCGAUCUUUUUUUUUUAUCUCACACACACACACAUAAAAAAAUAGGCGUAUGAUUUGAGUUGUAUGUAUGUUGCCGUAAAAGAUCAGACCAGGACAACCAAGGUGUAGGAACCAAAUAUGUUGAUGUGGGACCAUAUCAUGAGCUGUAGUUCACUUUGUGGGCCUUAGGUGUCGCUGUCUUGUUACCUGGGGGCUCAGGAGUAAAGGUAGCCAUGUCACUGUUGUGGGCAGGUGUUUGACUGCAGUGGCGCUGACUGCCGGCGUUUUCCUACUUCGUUCAGUGUUUGAUAUCAAUUGCAAAAUGGAUUUGGUUUGUUUAUCGCAAUAAAUCUUUUGGUUUGCUGAAUCUGAGGAACACAACCUGAAACCACCUGAUGUCUCACUGAUGCACUUAUAAUCUCAGGGAAACUGGCAUUAUCUUUGGACAAGGUCUUUGUUGAGACCCGGGACUCUUAUCAUCUGAGAACUGUGAUUUUAUUGUAUGGAUCAUGUCCGCUAAGGCUUCCACAGAAAACAUGUCCUGAUAUUUUACUGAAGCCGUUGUUUUUUUUACUGUUCUAUGAUUUUAUUUUGAUGUUUAUGAUUGAUAUUGUGUGUUUCCUUCCAGUCCUUGAAGUCCUGUGGGUACGUCAAGGAGCAAUUUGCCUGGCGUCAUUUCUACUGGUACCUCACCAACGAGGGUAUCCAGUACCUGAGAGACUUCCUCCACCUGCCUCCCGAGAUCGUGCCCGCCACCCUGCGCCGCCAGACCCGCCCUGAGACCGCAAGGCCCAGGCCCAAGGGUAAGCACAGCCAUCUUCACUCUCAGUGCUGGAAAUUAAAGUUUGUUUGUUUUAGGCGCCCCAGUAUAAAAACACAGAAAACCUGAACGACCUCGGAUUGAACCUUUUUUUUAUUUAAAUGUCCAAAAAUUAUUGAGGCUGUUUGUUUAAUCUCACCAUUGAAUUCCUUCUGGAAAUCAAACUAGAUAUUAAAUGAGAUUGCAGGUCCUGAGGUUCUACUUCUGUGCGCUGACCUUUCAUGGCAUUCAAAGGUGCUCAUAAUCCGCCCCCCCGGGUCGAGGCUUUCACUGUUUAAAGCUGAAGUAUUCCUGCAGGAUCUGACGCCUUGUUUCGAGCUGCUGCUGUGAAAUAUCUAUUUUAAUAUUAAAGUGUCCACAUUGGAAUCAGGGUUGAGUGAAUAGACCCCCAGAGAAUAUGUUUGUUUGAAGAGUUUUAGGUGAUGGGACCAAGGAAACACAGACUGACUCUGAUAUUAGGUCAGACAUUUUUUAGAGUUUAGAGGCUCAGCAGAUUUCCCGAUGCUCAGCUAAUUAGACUAAAUAGUUAGAUGUUCAUAAUUAAUGUCCCUGCGUCCUAUCUGCAGAAACGAGGAUCCAUUGAAAUCCCAUUAACUGAGAAUAAUUGAAUUUCCUCAUCAGCCUCCAAGAUAUCUCGCACCUUUUGUUAACAGCGUUUAAGAGCAGGAUAAACUGUCACAACGCUUUUUUCUGGGAUUACGUUUCCUCUUGAAAACAAUUUUCCUGAUGUCAGGGAAUAAUCUGCUCCUGGAGGACGACUGCUUUUGUCUUUUCAUGAAGUGCUAACAGAGAACCUCACUCUCUCUUUUUGUACAUGUCAAAUUAACCUGCUAGUCCAUCUUUUUAGAGUAAAAUAACCUGUAACUUUGAACCAGAACUGAACUGUUUCCUGUUUGUUUCUGCAGGAAUGGAGGGAGAGAGGCCCGCCCGCCUCAACCGCGGCGAGGCUGACAGAGAUGCAUACAGGCGAUCUGCUGCACCCCGUAAGUUCCCCUUUGAGAGCUGCUUGUGUUGCUGUGAUGUUGAUACAGAAACGUUUUCAAAGCCUAAAUGCUCAGUGUCUUUUUAUCCAACUAUCAAUCCAAUUGUUAUAAAAUCUCACUUAUUGAAAUGUUUGGUCGUGACGUCAGCGGCUCAAACAGACGAGCAGGUUUCUGUGAGUCUGUGUUGAUGGAUUAUCCCAGUUAGUCACGGAGUUGGUAACUCAAGUUUGCCUCAAACUGAAUAUUCACACCGAUGAACGUCUGAUUCUCUUUAUCAUCAAAGUGUCUGAAGAGGAAAUUUCAGAACUGUUUUUGCUUGUUUCUUCCCGCCGACGUAAAGCUGUUUUCUGACUCUGUGAUUGGUUUACUUCUUCCCUCAGCUGGUGCUGACAAGAAAGCAGAGGCCGGUGCUGGAGCUGCCACAGAGUUCCAGUUCGUAAGUAACACCUCUAUCAUUUCUCCCUUUUAAAACCGUCUGAUUUAUCUCUAUAAACGUCCAAUUGAGGGUAUUUCUUCAUGUUAUUGAAGACAAGAGUAAUUAUGGUCUUGAAACAUUUCUGAGGAACUUUUUCUACAAGUUAUAAAAACAGAAAUGUCUCUAAGUAGCAUUUCUAUAAUUUCUUCCUCUAAAACCAUCCGACUUAUUUCUAUAAACUCCCAUUGAGGGUAUUUCUUCUUGUUAUUGAAGACAAGAGUAAUAUUCUGGUCUUGAAACAUUUCUCAGCUGCUAAAGAAGUCUAAGAACUUUUUCUACAACAGUUAUAAAAACAGAAAUGUCUCUUAAGUAGCAUUUCUAUCAUUUCUUUCUCUAAAACUGUCUGACUUAUUUCUAUAAAUCCCUAUCGAGGGUAUUUCUUCUUGUUGUUAAAGCAAAGAGUAACUCCUCUGGUCUUGAAACAUUUCUGAGCUGCUGAAGAAGUCUAAGAACUUUUUCUACAACAGUUUUACAGAAAACAGAAAUGUCUCUACAACAUGGGGGGUGUGGUUUUACAGCACGUGCAACAAGAAAUGUCAGGAAGCUCAACUUAGUUUCCCAUCAUGCAGCUAAAGAUCCUAACUGGUCAGGUCGACUGAUAUAUUGACAAACUUUUCCCUGUUGCAGAGGGGGGGCUUCGGACGCGGCAGAGGAGGACAGCCGCCUCAGUAAUUUUCACUCGCUCUUUCUGUACAAUAAAGAAACUAAAAUACAAAACAUCUGU